UAGCACCACAUAAUCAGAUAAACGUGAGCUCAGAGCGGUUCACAUAUUCAUCCAGAGGAUAUUCAUUUCCGGAAAUGAAUAUGGAGACCUUUCAUGUAAAACUGUUUUCCCUACUUUUCAUCCUUCUCAACUCAGUUUGGUCCACAACUUCAACAUCAAAUUCUGAAAGCUUUGUUCAAUGCUUUUCCUCCCACAUACAGGACUCUAACUCCAGUAAUGAAAUCAUUCUCACCAGAACCAGUUCUGCUUAUCCCUCAGUCUUAGAUUUUUCCAUACACAACUUCAGAUUCUUGAACAAUUCCACACCAAAACCAGAGGCCAUCAUUACUCCUUUUGAUGAAUCUCAGGUUCAAGCAGCUGUAAUUUGCUCCAAGAAAAGUGGCAUACAAAUAAGAAUCCGAAGCGGGGGGCAUGAUUACGAGGGCCUAUCUUAUGUAUCCAGAGCUCCUUUCAUCAUUAUUGAUCUUUUCAAUCUCCGUUCCAUCGAUGUUGAUAUAAAGAAUGAGAGUGCUUGGGUCAAAUCAGGCGCUACUCUCGGAGAGUUGUACUACAACAUCGCACAGAAGAGUAGAGUCUAUGGCUUUCCAGCAGGGACUUGUCCCACCGUCGGUGUUGGGGGACACAUCAGUGGGGGUGGAGUUGGAGCCAUAGUCAGAAAAUAUGGUCUAGCAUCCGACAAUGUCAUUGAUGCUAGAAUUGUAGAUGUUAACGGCAGAAUUCUAGACAGAAAGUCCAUGGGAGAAGAGCUCUUUUGGGCUAUCAGAGGAGGAGGAGGAUCAAGCUUUGGAGUCAUUCUAGCAUGGAAACUUAGACUGGUUCCUGUUCCCCCAACUGUAACAGUUUGCGACGUUACAAAGACAAAAGAACAAGGUGCAACCAAACUUCUUUUGAAAUGGCAAAACAUUGCAGACACGCUUCCUGAAGACCUUUACCUACAUUCAAUUGUAGGAAGUAGUAACAACACUAUAACAAUUGCAUUCGGUUCCUUGUUUCUUGGGAGGGUCGACAAAGCUGUCCAGGUGAUACAGGAAAACUUCCCAGAGUUGAAUUUAGAAAGCAGCCAUUGCAGUGAGAUGAGUUGGAUUCAAUCGGUUUUGAACUCUUCUGGUUACUCAAUGCAAGAACCCUUAGAGAUUUUGCUGAACCGCCGGCAACUCAGCUACUACUACUUCUUCAAAGCAAAAUCAGACUAUGUGACUGAACCCAUCUCAGAAGCUGGCUUGGAAGGCUUAUGGCACAUACUGCUUGAAGCAAACACAUCCUAUAUGAUAUUGACACCAUAUGGAGGAAAAAUGAGUGAGAUUUCCGAUUCAGAAAUUGCUUUCCCACAUCGAAAAGGAAACAAAUAUGAAAUCCAGUAUAUGGUUACUUGGGGUGAUGGCAAGGACACCAAGAAGUAUGUUGGAUUUAUGAGAAGGUUGUAUGCAUACAUGGCACCAUAUGUUUCAAAGUCUCCUAGAGCUGCCUAUUUGAAUUAUAGGGAUCUUGAUUUGGGGAGGAACAGUUAUGGCAAUACAAGCUAUGCACAAGCAAGCAUUUGGGGUUUGAAGUACUUCAAGAACAACUUUAGGAGACUUGUUCAUGUUAAGACCUUGGUUGAUCCUGGCAACUUCUUUAGGAAUGAGCAAAGCAUCCCUGUGUGUUCGUCAGGAAAAGUAGAAGAUAGAUAAUAAAUAGAUGGGUUGAACUCUAGUUUCUCAUUCAAUGUUACUAAUAAAGAAUAAUACCAUUCUCGAGUUCUGAAGGCCUGAAAAAAUGAAUAAAUUUGGCAAUUGGCAAAGAUUUUAGUACUUUAAUUCAUUGUUCCAUCAAUUAUGUAUUUAUUUUCAUGUAAAGAGAACUGAGGGGAACCUCAAGAUCAUUGUAUUGUAUGCAUUUUAUCCUGAAAUCAUGGUGUAUUUAUAUUAGCA